AUGGUUAUGCGUCUGAUUCUUGUUUGCAGCCUUCUGAGCACAAUCAUAUCGGCAAUGAUUUUCACAGAUAAUCAACCUGAUGACAUCAACAUCAUACCUUUGGAAGAAUCACUUGUAAUGAGAGCUAGUGUACCAUAUGAGACUAUAACGGUUCAAUUAAAGAAAACAUGCAGAGCUGGAGGUCUAUGUCAUACAAACUGCUAUUGUCCAGGAAGAUGCUUAGUAGGACGUUAUAAUUUAUCACGAAGAUGCUUCAUCUGA